AUGGCUGAUAGCCGCUCUUAUCAUUCCGAUGGCCCUGAUUGUGUCGCAGCAAGUAGUGUCCCUCGGAAUUCCAAGGGACAACGAGACCCUCCUCCGCGCAUAUCCAAGAUGACCUGGGCAGAAACUCUUGAGGCGGAGAAGGCAGCCAAAGAGAAGCAAGCCGCCCUUGGCAAAUGA